UCUGAGCGGAUGCCGCUGCCGCUAUAUAAUUGACCGGCGCCUCCCGCUCCGCCCUCGAACGGGUGCUGUGGCAGCAGGGAGGGUGCUCGGCGUCCUUGCCCGUCGUCGGUCAGGCGCUGCCGUUUCGGAAAGCCAGCCGCCCCCGCCCCCGCCUCGGAGCUCGAGCUGCUGGUCCCCAGGGACCCCGCCUCCGCCUCCGCCAUGGAGCAGCACCGCGCGGCGCCGCCGGGCGCGCAGGAGAUCGAGAAGACGCCCUCCGGGCGCGCCGCGCCGCUGGACAUGGAGUCGGAGCCCGCGGCGGCGCGCGCGGCGGAGCGCGUCCCGCCGUGGCGCGAGCAGAUCACCGCGCGCGGGAUGGUGGCCGCGCUGCUUCUCGGCUUCGUCUUCACCGUGAUCACCAUGAAGCUCAGCCUCACCACGGGGCUCAACACCACCAUGAACGUCUCCGCCGCGCUGCUCGCCUUCCUGACGCUCCGGGGCUGGACGCGCGCCCUCGAGCGCCUCGGCAUUGCCUCCCGCCCCUUCACCCGCCAGGAGAACACCGUCGUCCAGACCACCAUCGUCGCCUGCUACACCAUCGGAUACGGCGGUGGGUUCGGGUCUUUCUUGCUGGGCAUGAACAAGAAGACGUACGAGCUCUCCGGGGAGACCACGCCGGGCAACGUGCCUGGGAGCUACAAGGAGCCCGCCAUCGGCUGGAUGACGGGAUUCCUCCUCGCCGUCAGCUUCGUGGGGCUCCUCACCUUGCUUCCACUCAGAAAGGUGCUCGUGAUCGACUAUAAACUAACUUAUCCAAGUGGGACUGCUACUGCGGUUCUCAUCAACGGGUUCCACACACCUCAGGGAGACAAGAAUGCAAAAAAGCAAAUGCGUGGAUUCCUCAAGUACUUCGGGAUGAGCUUCCUUUGGAGCUUCUUCCAAUGGUUCUACACCGCCGGCGAGGCCUGCGGAUUCGUUCAGUUCCCUACUUUUGGGCUCAAAGCUUGGAAGCAAACGUUUUUCUUCGACUUCAGUCUGACGUAUGUUGGCGCCGGGAUGAUCUGCUCGCACCUUGUCAACGUCUCGCUGCUCUUGGGCGCAAUCCUUUCCUGGGGCGUGAUGUGGCCACUCAUCAGCAAGCAGAAGGGCAACUGGUACUCUGCCAAGGCGUCCGAGAGUAGCAUGACAAGCAUCUACGGCUACAAGGCCUUCCUCUGCAUUGCUCUGCUGGUCGGAGACGGCCUCUACAACUUCGUCAAAGUAAUUCUAAUCUCUGUCAAGAACGUACGCGAGAGAUCACGUCGCAAGAGCCUGAACAGAGUGGCGGACGCGGACACCAUGGCGCUGGACGACCUGCAGCGCGACGAGGUGUUCAACAGGGACAACAUCCCGGCCUGGUUGGCCUACGCGGGUUACGCCCUGCUCAGCAUCAUCGCGGUGAUCAUCAUCCCGAUCAUGUUCCGGCAGGUGAGGUGGUACUACGUGAUCGUGGCGUACCUGAUGGCGCCGGCGCUGGGGUUCUGCAACGCCUACGGCACGGGCCUGACGGACAUGAACAUGGGGUACAACUACGGCAAGAUCGCGCUCUUCAUCCUGUCGGCGUGGGCGGGGAAGGACAACGGCGUGAUCGCCGGCCUCGUCGGCUGCGGCCUGGUGAAGCAGCUCGUGCUCAUCUCCGCCGACCUCAUGCACGACUUCAAGACGGGCCACCUGACGCUGACCUCGCCGCGGUCGAUGCUGGUCGGGCAGGCCGUCGGCACGCUGAUGGGGUGCGUCCUGGCGCCACUCACCUUCAUGCUCUUCUACAAGGCGUUCGACGUGGGGAACCCCGACGGGUACUGGAAGGCCCCCUACGCGCUCAUCUACCGGAACAUGGCCAUCCUCGGCGUGGAGGGGUUCUCGGCGCUGCCAAAGCACUGCCUGCAGCUGUGCGCGGCGUUCUUCGCGUUCGCGGUGGCGGCGAACCUGGCGCGGGACCUCCUGCCGCGCCGGCUCGCGCGGUUCGUGCCGCUGCCGAUGGCCAUGGCCGUGCCCUUCCUCGUGGGCGCCAGCUUCGCUAUCGACAUGUGCGUGGGGAGCCUCGUGGUGUUCGUGUGGCACAAGCUCGACAGCAAGAAGGCCGCGCUGAUGGUGCCCGCCGUCGCGUCCGGGCUCAUCUGCGGCGACGGGAUCUGGACGUUCCCGUCGUCGCUGCUCGCGCUGGCCAAGGUCAAGCCGCCCAUCUGCAUGAAGUUCACGCCGGGAAGCUAGGUAGAACAGAUAGGGAGGUAGUAGUUUCAAGUAAGGAAGAACUCGAUAGUUCUGGAGCAUAUCCGGCGUGCUCUUCUGUUCACAUGAGUUGGAUCGUGCAUUGUGUAACAACCAGCUAAAAUGGAAAUUUGAAGGAUGACAAGAAGAUUUUCUUGUCGUCCAGUAUACUGGCAUGUGAUUAGUUGGAGGGAUGGAACGGGGGCAUACGGCGAAUAACUAGGUCCGAUCGAGCUACUCAUAAAUUC